AUGGCCUGGCACCAGGCUGAGCUGGCUGAGAUGGAAUCAGGGUCCCAAGCCGUGAAGCGACACAGGCACAACGGAACAGCCUUCGCCUUUCACGUCACUCGGCGGGCCGUCUUGGAGCUCAGCUCUGUUGACCUGCAAAGCCCCAGGAACAACAAUGCGCACCACACGCAGGAGAUGGGUCUGGAGCGGCUCAUUGUGCGCCGCGGCCAGGUCUUCACCGUGGUCCUGAACUUCAACAGGGACUUCCAGCCCCAGACUGACUACCUCACCUUCAUAGCAGAGACUGGACCAGAGCCCAGUGAGCUGCUGGGAACCCGAGCCACAUUCUUACCCACCCAGGCCCAACAUGGGAAUGUCUGGAGUGCUUCGGACUUCAUCGCUGACUUGAACUCACUCCAGGUGUCCCUCUUCACACCAGCCAGUGCAGCCAUCGGUCCCUACACUCUGACAAUGGAGGUCUCCCAGGGCAGGGGUCCCAGCGUGACUUACCUGCUGGGGACGUUCAUCCUGCUCUUUAACCCUUGGAGUGCAGAGGAUGACGUCUACCUGCCGAGUGAAAUACUGCUGCAGGAGUAUAUCAUGAUGGACUAUGGCUUUGUCUACAAGGGUCAUGAAAGCUUCAUCACCGUGUGGCCUUGGAACUAUGGGCAGUUUGAAGAUGACAUCAUAGAUAUCUGCUUUGAAAUCCUGAACAAGAGCCUGUAUUUCUUAAAGAAUCCGUCCAAAGACUGUUCCCAGCGGAACGACGUGGUGUAUGUCUGCAGGGUGGUGAGCGCCAUGAUCAACAGCAAUGAUGACAAUGGUGUGCUGCAGGGGAACUGGGGAGAGGAUUACUCCAAAGGGGUCAGCCCCCUGGAGUGGAAUGGCAGCGUGGCCAUCCUGCGGCAGUGGUCGACCAGGGGUGGGCAGCCCGUGAAGUAUGGUCAGUGCUGGGUCUUUGCAGCUGUUAUGUGCACUGUAAUGAGAUGCUUGGGUGUUCCUACCCGUGUCGUAUCCAAUUUCCGAUCUGCACACAACAUGGAUGGGAACUUGACUAUUGACACCUACUAUGACCAAACUGCAGAGAUGCUGCCAAGUCAGAGACGGGACAAGAUAUGGAAUUUCCAUGUCUGGAAUGAGUGUUGGAUGAUCCGGAAAGAUCUCCCACCAGGAUACAGUGGGUGGCAGGCCCUGGACCCCACUCCCCAACAAACCAGCAGUGGGCUGUUUUGCUGUGGCCCUGCCUCUGUGAAGGCCAUCAAGGAAGGGGACGUCCACCUGGCCUAUGACACCCCAUUUGUGUACGCCGAGGUGAAUGCCGACGAAGUUAUCUGGCUUUUUGGGGAUGGCCGGGCCCUGGAAAUCCUGGCCCACAACACCAGUUACAUCGGGAAGAAAAUCUGCACCAAGAUGGUGGGGUCAGACCGGCACCAGAACAUCACCGGCUCCUACAAGUAUCCAGAAGGAUCCCCUAAGGAGCGGUCUGUAUUCCUGAAAGCUUCCCGGAAAAUGCUGGGCCCAAGGAGGGCCUCUUCGCCCUUCCUCGAUCUGCUGGGGUCUGAGGACUUUAUGCAUCAGCCGGUGCAGCUGCAGCUUCACCUGGCCAGAGAGCCCAAAUGGGGCCAGGACCUGCUGCUGAUGCUGCAUGCCCAGAGGGUCCCAGGCAGAUUCCACCUCAGGGGCCCCAUUGGGCUGGUGCUGCACUUCUGUGCCCAGGCCGUGCUGCACGGGGGCAGCCUGCGGGGGCCCCUCUGGAGGCAAAUGGUGCACUUGAAUGUGAACUUUGGGGAGGAGGUGCAGUGGCCACUCCUGUUGCCCUACAACAACUACAGAAACAAGCUGACAGAUGAAAAGCUGAUCCGUGUGUCUGGCAUUGCCAAGAUCGAGGAGACGGGGAGGUCCAUGCUGGUGCUAAAGGAUAUCUCACUGCAGCCCCCUGACUUAUCUAUCAAAGUGUCAGAGAGGGCUGAGGUGGGCAAGAAGUUGAAAGUCCAUAUCACCCUCACCAAUACCCAAUCUGUGGCUCUGAGUGACUGCACGAUGGUGCUGGAGGGAAGUGGCCUUAUCGAUGGGCAGAUAUCAAAAGACCUUGGGACGCUGAUGGCCGGACACACCAUCCAAAUCCAGCUGAACCUCUACCCCAUCAAAGCUGGACACCACCAGCUGCAGGUCCUCAUCAGUAGCAACGAAGUCAAGGAGAUCAAGGGCUACAAGCACAUCUGGGUGGCUGCAGCCAGGGCUCCCUGA